CAAUAUUUUCUAGUUAUGAACUUCUUAGGUGGUUAUCCGGCCAAAUUGAAGAAAGUUCUGAUUGUCACAGCGCCACUGUGGUUCAAAGCCCCGUUUAAAAUACUCAGGCUUUUUGUGCGAGAAAAAUUGAGGGAUCGUGUGUUCACUAUUAGCUUGCCUCAGUUGACCCAGCACAUACCCAGGGAAUCGCUGCCAAGGCAUUUGGGCGGCACGGUGGACGUCGAACACGAUAAAUGGUUGUCCUACUGCCUGAACUACAUGACGAACAGUGAUAAAUAUGGAAGYUCGGCUAUGUCCGACCACAUAUGCAAUUCAAACAGCGUGAAAAAGGACACCGGGUCAGAGACCAAAGCGAAUAAUCUGUUGAAAGAGAACAACGUCGUCAWCGAAGAAAGCGCCGUCGUCCAUGACAAUUUGUUGUCAGGUUGGACAUGCAACACGACAAAUUCGAGAGAAGAGAUUUCUCCGAUGCCUCCGUCGUCGGUCAGUAGCGGGUUUUCGGACGACGACAGUUUGCGUUGCGAUUCUAGUCAAAGUUUAACUAUUAGUCAAUUUGUUGAAUAUGUAUUGAAAAAGAAGAGGGCCGGUCUCAUUAGGGAAUACGAAGAGAUAAAGACCCGUUCUUUCGACGGUACAUUCUCUGUUGCCAAGGCCCGACCCAACCUUCUGAAGAAUCGAUAUACGGAUGUGCUUUGCUACGAUCACACCAGGGUGAUGUUGGCGGAGUCGGACAAAGAACCRAUGUCCGACUACAUACACGCCAAUUUCGUCGAUGGUUAYAAACAGAAGAACGCGUUCAUAUCCACGCAGGGCCCGCUGCCGCACACGUGCGCUGACUUCUGGCGGAUGGUUUGGGAACAGCAAGUGCUAGUCAUCGUCAUGACCACCAAGGUAUUUGAGUGUGGCAAGAUUAAGUGCGAACAGUACUGGCCACCUGACGAGACGUCCGAUGAUCAUACGUACCAAAACUUCAAGGUGUCUACUACGUCCCUCAGUCAGUUUGACAACUACGCUGUCACCCGAUUGGAAUUAACUAACACCAACACCAACGAGGUCAGACAAGUGUCUCAUUUCCGUUUCAACUCGUGGCCGGAUUUCGGCGUGCCACACAGCGCUGUCGCCAUGUUGGAUUUCCUCGGCAAGGUCCGGAAAUGUCAAUCGUCCAUGUUACAAGACCUCGGUGACAAAUGGGCCGGACACCAACGGGGGCCUCCGAUAAUCGUCCACUGUUCGGCGGGCAUCGGACGAACAGGAACGUUCUGCACACUGGACGUUUGCAUCAACCGCCUGGAGGAAACCAGCACCGUGGACAUUAAAGGUGUGGUGGAAAAGAUCCGGUCGCAGCGGGCCUAUUCCAUCCAAACGCCUGAGCAAUACGUUUUCUGCCACUUGGCGUUGAUCGAAUACGCGUCAGCCAGAGGUUUCCUCUGUUCGCCGCCGGAUCUCAGCGACUUGAAGCCCCUCGAAGAUUCGGACUGAUGGACGACAGCAACGAAAAUCGUGCAUAGGUCGGACAAAGCAUUUAUCAAUACUUAUAUAGAAAUUCAAUAUAUUUAUAUAUAUAUAUAUAUAUAAAUAUACACGUCUUGUGUAAAAAGAAGUAUGCACACACAAUAAAUUACGUGUGUGCGUGCCUAUAACGUUAUAACACGCGUAGAUAAUCAGAAUCGGGAUGAGCACGCCCAGUUAUUUAUACAUCAUAUUAUAUAAUAUGUAUAUUAUGGUCCGUUUGCGAUCGUUUUCUGACAUUAUACUUUUGUAUUUUUUUUUUUCGUAAUUAUUCUAUUAUAAUAUAUACACAAUAUAUAUAUAUAUAUAUAUAUUUAACAAUACCAUAUAUUAAUCUGAAACGGAUCUAAUAAAUUCGUAUCGAUCUAAAAAGUUCAUAUUUUUUAAUCAAAAUAUUAUUUUUUCCAUUUCGUCUACGCAUAAGCAGCGGAUUAAAUUGUUCGUUUGUUCUCCACCCUCGACCACCUAAAAUGUCGUGCGGCGCCUUACAUUUUAUUAUUGUGUUAUAUAAACGAAAAUAYCAUGCGAUCGUACUCCUUUUGUCCGAUACAUAACCAACUAUUGUCGUAAAAAAAAGAAUAUAUUAUAAUUUAUUUUUGCAUACAUUAUAUACUAUUACUAUUAUACUGAUCACCGAUUAUUUAUACAUAUUUUACAAAAAUCCUAAUGCAGAAUGCCAUGUGACAUUGUGCUAACGGUUUUGUUAUAUCAAUAUUAUUGUGAACAAAUUAUCAAAUUUUUUGCUGACCAUUCCAUGUAUCUAAAUUUUUUUAACGUAAA